AUGUGGAGGUUUUCAAUAAUCGCUAGACCCUCGUGAGUUCAAUUGAAUUUUUAAUAGGUAAAAACUAAAUUUUGCAGAAUAGUAAAUAAAAUUUCGAUAAAAUCGUUGAGGAAUGCAUUAAAGCAUACGGACACAAGAUUGACUAGAUUUCAAGCACCGGAAAUCAACAGACAAGAUGUUCCGAUUCGUGAAGUGUAAGUUUUACUUUUGAAAUCCUUAUUUUUAAAUACACGGCAUUUUCAGAUUUUCAUUUGACGAUUUCGGACUUCUUUCAACACGCUCAGCAUCUAUAGAAACACUAGAAAGUGAAAAGACAUUUUUAGACCAAAUUUUGAAAAAUGACACAUUUAUUAUUCCAACUACAAUCGAUCAGAAAGAAGUAUUCGGAUAUGAUCAAGCAUUGGAAAUGUUUGCAGAAGGAGCAGAUUUAGAAUUAUUAGCAGAAGAUUUAGCAUCUAUAGAGGAAUCAAGCUCUUCGACAACUUCUAUUGUCACUCCAAAAAAAUCAGUUCGUGAAGAAAAGUUGGAAAAAGACGAAGAAGAAGAAGAAUCAUUGUUCAAAAUCCCGAAGAAAGCUCAAGCUUUAGAUCAAUUUAUGAUAUAUCCAGAAAUCAUUCCAAAUCAACAAUUUACUAGCCAAUGGACAGAAAAACAGCUAGAAGAUAUGACACAUAUUCCAACAACUAGUAAAGAAUCGAUUAAAGUUGUUGAAAAAUUCGAACUUUCUCUUGAAGUUCUUGAAGGAAUGAUGGACAAUAAAUCAAUAUCUGAAAUCGAGCAAGAGCUGAAAAAUGGAGAAUGGCCUGAAUAUUUGUUUGAAGAUCGAAAAUUAAUUGCAAGAUCCAAUCGAGUUUUGAGAUAUAUUGUGAAAGAAAUGGAAAGUUUAGAAGCCAUCGAAAUUAUUUUGAGCACUUUGUGAGUUUCCGAUAAAUUUAGAAAUAAAAAUAUAUUUGUAAAUUUUAAAUUUUCAGCGCAAAGAAAAGUAUGCUUUCUGUUAUUUCUGAUGACAUCAUUCUUCAUUUGACCACAAGAUUUUCAAAAGUUCUACCACCGCGGCAAACAAUCGAUAAACUUGAAUAUUUGACAACUCUAUGUUGCAGCAAAGAAUGUGAGUUUUUAUUUUUCAAAAUAUAUAUUUUUUUUCAUUUAUCCGAACGUUUUGUAGUGAAACCUGCCAAACUGCUAAUUCAACAAUCGCUAGAAGAAUUAUACAAUGAACUACUGCAAAAAGAUCCGAAGAUUGGCAAAGAUUUAUUAACUAUCUGCUCAAAAUUGAAUUUCGACAAAUCAGCUGAAAUAUUUCUGCGAGUUCUCGCUGAAAAUGCGACACAUUUUGACAAAGAUUUUGAAACUUGGAAGAUGUUCUCGCUUAAAUAUGGAAGUACAUCGGGUGUUAGAAGUUUCUGGAAAUUAGUGCUAAAAUCAGAGGAAAAUGGUGGAAAGAAGAGGAUUAAUGAAAUUUUGAAUCAUUCGAAUAAAAGCGAUCAUCCAUUUUCAACGAUGGCUAGAAUUAUUUGUACUUUUGUUGAGAUGAAUCAAAUGGAAAGAGCUAUCGAGGUUUUCAAAUUGAUUUCGGUUUCUGGAAGACAUUUUAGAAAUCCACUUUUGGAAUGGGUUGAUGAGGUUAGUUUGUAAACUUAUUAUUUAGAAUAUUUAUUUGUAAAUGAAUUUCAAAAAUAAAAAAUAGAUCACGUUUCUCACGUGUUUUUUUUUCAUUAAAAAAUGUGAGCGAAAUAAUGUUAAGCCUAAUUUGGAACACAAGAAUGAAAUGACCGGUUUCCGCCGGUCUUCAUUUUCACACCGAAAAUAACUAUGGAGCUACGUUAGAAAACUCUUGGUCUAUGAGAAAAGUCUAUCUGGGACAUACCUCGUCUAGGAAUCAAAAAACUAGAGAUUCUGUAAAUUAUUUCGAAAAAUUGGGUGAUGACCUCAUCCAGUGCAAGAUCCAAAUGUAUUUUACACCGUUUGAGAAAAAAAAUCAAGUCACAAAAAAUCACACAACAAAAACAAAAUUAAAAAAAGGAUAGAAAAUAAAAAUACAAAACAUAAUUUCAGCUUCAUUGUUACUAUCAUCAAGCAACUUUUUGAUGAAAUAACUUUUUUCAUUUUCAAAUCAUUUUUUCACCAACUUGGUGGAUUUUUUUGAAAUUUUUAAGGGAGGGGGUCAUGACAAAUGAAAAUUUCUGAGAGGAGGAGGUCAUGACAUUUAGGGUGCUAUGAGCGAAGAUGCCAUGUAUGUCACCAAGAUACUUGUCCAUAUCCACAAAACACCCAAAAUAGUCCCCUUCUUGUCUCAAAAUUCUAACAACCUUUAGAAACAACACAUGCCUAAUUCAUAUUUCAAAAAAAAAAGAAAUAUUAUUUCUACCGACCUUAAAGUUUUUAAUUAAAAGAUUCUAAAACUUCCUUUCAAAAGCAUCCUCGAUUCAAAUGCAAAUAAGUUUGAAAAAUUUCGAACUCUACAGAACUCCCUCAGACUAAAAGUUCACUAUUCAAUCGAACCCAAAAAAAGAACUAACCUUUGAAAUUUCGAUCGUUCCUCGAUCAUCUCAUCGCUCAAAAUUGGUGUAAAAUCAUCUCGAAUAGUUUCAUCCACGGCCAAUCUGAAAAAUAUGUUCAAUUUAAUGAAACUUUUGGUUUUUUAUUGAUUGAAAACGCUAAAGAUUCCAAAAUGUGGGCGUCCAUACGAGAGAGAAGAGACAAAAAGAGAGUGAAAUCGCGCGUGAUCUACAGUGAUCUACAGUGACAGUGAUUUAAACACUUGCGGGACUAGGUUAGGAAUUUUUUAAUUUAACAAAAAAAAUAAUUUCGCGGUGUUUUAGUUAAAAAAUAACAAAUAACCGAGAGUUUUCUUAAAGAAAGGUGUGAAUAUUGGAAAGCUCUGUAGGCAAUAGACCUAAGGUGGUAGUCAGAUGAUUAUUUUUGGUUUCAGUUUUGGGAUAACAUUUAAAAUCUAUAGAAUCUCUAGUUUUUUGUGAAUUAGAGAUUCUAUAGAUUUCAAAUUGUAUCACAAAACUGCAAUCCAAAUCCAAAAACCUAGAUUAUAAUCGAUUAUGCUUAAUCUUCAACAAGCCCCAAUUUUUUCAGAACAAUCUGGAAUGUAUCGAAAGACUUGCUCAACUCGUUGAAGAUGGAAUGAUUGCAGAGAGACGCAGAACAACGAAAAAGAAGAUAGUCGACGAGAACAAAACCGACAAAAAAAGCGAGGUGAGUGCCAUACCUAGUUAGUAUAGUGGGAAAAAGGGCUGCCUAUCAAUCUCAAGGUGUCGGGUUCGAAUCCCCACCGAUGUUGCAGUCGUUCAGUAGCGCAAGCAAUUGUUUCUAUCGGCUUGCACUUAAUCGUGAACUGCGAAAUUGAGCUGGAUCGGAGUCAAGCGGUACAUUAUUUUCAGUAUAGUGUGUUGUUCAAGAUCUGAUGUACAAUUUUCAAUUUUUUUCCUAUAUUAAAAACAGAAAAAGUUAUCUCAAAAUAAAUAUUAUUAUUACAGGUUCCUUCAACUUUGAUCGAAGCUAUUUCAAAGUUUUGUGGAAUUGUGGAGAAGAAACCGAAAAAGUUUGUCGAUCGAAAAGCGAAAAGAAAAAUUCAUCGAGUAGAUGAGGAACAACUUCAUGAAUUAUGUGAAGCAUUGCAAAAGGCAUGGUGGAAAUGUUCAAGUAAGAAAUCAUUUUGAACAUGUUUUCAAAACAAUUUUAAUUUGCAGAAUCUUCGGAGAACCCAGAAGCAACAUCCAAACGGCUUGUUGAAUGGAGCCAACGAAAUCGCUUGGAUCUUGAUGAGAAAUUAGAAAAGGAAUUGAAUAGGGUAUAA